AUGGACGGUUCACCUUGCUUCGCCUUUGGUCACUUCUCCUCCGGCGACGUCAGGCCUUCCUCGUUACAAAUCGACCAACGAUAUCGUGGUGAAGCUUGGCUGCCAAGCUGUGACCUUACGCAGAGGAUUAAUCGAUGUUGGUGGUUUGGUCGCACGCCUUCUUCACUGUGGGAUAGAGAUCAUCUCCCAUUGUUUCUGCUAAGUGUUCGAUCAAAUUCCUCAAUGAAACUGGAAGCCUCAUCUGACGAUAUCAUGCUUCCUUUUGUUUAUAGUUACAAAUUUUAUGUUGAUUUGUGGAGUGCUGGUUGCAUCCUUGCUGAACUUUUUGCUGGCAAGCCUAUAAUGCCUAGAAGAACAAAGGUGGAGCAACUACACAAAAUUUUUAAACUUUGUGGUUCACCAUCUGAAGAGUACUGGAGAAAAUCAAAGUUGCCUCAUGCCACUAUUUUUAAACCACAACAGCCUUACAAACGGUGUGUGGGUGAGACAUUCAAGGAUUUCCCUCCAUUUGCUUUAAUGCUUUUGGAUUCUCUCCUUGCAUUUGAACCUCAUAAUCGAGGAUCUUCUUCUUCUGCACUACAUAGUGAGAUACACUUAAGCUCUAUUCUGUAUGAAUGGGUAAUGAUGUCUGUCUGGAUAAAUUGUUGGGAAGAUAAAAGAAGAAGGGAAAAAUAG